AUGUUUAGUAGACGCAAUAUACUGAAGCUUUACUGUAGUUUAACACUACUGAUUGUUUAUUUCAAUCAACCAGUUCUAACUUUAGUAUGUUUUGAAUGUGUAUCAACAUUUCCUGGAAACAACAUUUGUUUACCAUCAUGUUCACAAACAGAUCGAGCGAAUAGUACAGCAUGUCUACUUACACGCAAUAUUCCAUUAGAAUCUGGUUUUGAAGGAUCAGUUCGCGCUGGACAUAUUAGUCAAGAACCUGUUUUAUCAGAUGCUGAAGAGAAAUAUUUUCUUUAUGGUGAAGAAGCAGUAUAUCAAAAUCCAUCUGUAGCUGUAGGUUGGGAUUGGGAAUAUGGACCAAUUACUUAUGGAUGCAAUACAUCAGGUUGUAAUAAUCCACAAAAUGUUAAUAGUUUACCAAAUGCUUUGAAUGCACGAAUAACAGAUGAAACACUUACACGAUUGCUUACUGGUGACCUUAUUAAUACUUGUUAUGCCUGCAACAAUUUAAAUCUUACUGAGAACCUUCUUGAUACAGAUAUGUCCAAGUGUCAACCAACAAAUUGUCCUCAGUAUUCUUGUAAUUUUGUUGCUACACGUCAAUCAGGUGGAUGGCGUUUUAGUAGUGGUUGUAUUCUUUCAAGAGUACCAGCUCAAGUGGAUAUGACCCUUAUGUAUUAUAUUAAUUCAGAAAAGACUGUUGUUUAUCAAAUGGAAGCUACGUGUCUUAGUGAUAAUUGUAAUACUAUUUCAACUUUCAAACAACUUAAAGAUGCGAUAGGAGUUGAUCCUGAUCUCAGCUGUUUAGCUAAUAUUAAUACUACUAGUACAACAUCUACAUCUACAAGCUCAGUAUCGCCAUCGGGUAGUAGUUCAUCGACAACAACAGGUGGUCCAGGAGUCACAACAACAACAACAACAGGAGGUCCAGCGGUCACAACAACAACAACACGAGGUCCAGGAGUCACAACAACAACAGCAACAGGAGGUCCAGGAGUCACAACAACAACGACAGCACAACCAACUACUAGUUCCGGUGAACAGGAUUUUUUAAAUACAAAACUAUUUAUUUUAACAAUUUUUUCUUUUUAUAUAAUUAAAUUUUAA